AUGGCGACGUGGGAGAGUGAUAAAUUUUCAGAUCAUUUAAAUUCCGUGGGGAUUGACAAUAAUUUUGAUGGAAUUCUUAUAACACAUGACUUACAAGACUGCUUGGAUGACAGCCUUGAUCUCACAAACUUCGAUAAGGUUUAUGAUCAAUCGGUUAUUGAAUUAAAUAAUCAAAAUGAUAAAUUUAAUGACGAAGAUGCUUCUUAUAUUUCGAAACACCCUGAUGACAGCUCUGGACAGAAACAAGCAGGUGUCCUUCUUACUAAAAAUAAUUUAAAUCUUUUGGAGUACAUUUACAAGUACAUCCACCACACAAUCAGCCCAAAUGAAAUAUACAUGCGAAUCCAUCCAGGGCAAGAUGAUUUCAUGCCGGACGAUCCAUCUCACGCGACAAUUACCAUCGAGAGUACUGAUCCAGAUACCAAUCAGAAGCAUAUCAGCCGAUAUGAAUGCAAAUACGACGGGUGUUCGCGAACAUACAGCACCGUUGGUAACUUGAGGACUCACAUGAAAACACACAAAGGUGAAUUUCGUUUUAAAUGUGCUGAACCAAAUUGCGGGAAGGCUUUUCUUACAUCUUACAGUUUAAAAAUUCACGUUCGAGUUCAUACUAAAGUAAAACCCUUUCAAUGUAAUCACGAUGGUUGCGAUAAAGCGUUCAAUACUUUGUACCGAUUACGAGCACACCAAAGAUUACACAGCGGUAAUACAUUUAAUUGUGAAGAAACUGGAUGCGUUAAAUUCUUUACAACACUAAGUGAUCUCAAAAAACAUACACGCACUCACACUCAAGAACGUCCUUACAAGUGUCGGGAGAAGGGUUGUGGAAAAGCAUUUACUGCGUCGCAUCAUUUAAAGACCCACAAAAGAACUCACACCGGGGAGAGACCGUACACGUGCUCUAGCCCGCCAUUAAAUUUAGAACAAAAAAUAAUUCGGGAUGGUAUACAAAAUACUAUUGAGCAGUUGGCAAAAGUAUCAGAGGAGAGUGAUAAUAUUUUUGAUAAUUUAGAGACAAGUAAGAAGUGUCAAUUGUUUAAUCAGGAUUUAUUACCUCAGACCAUUGAAAACGGGCAUCAAUCUGAAGCUGUUGAAUUAGCGAUUGCAUCUGAGGAAGAAAUUCCGUCACCCUGGAUUGAUGUUAUGGCUUUAGCAGCAGCACCACCCGCUCUUAGAACGGAAUCUUGGGAAGAGAUAAAUGCAUUUCCUACUGCAGUUCAUUCACUUGUUGAUCUAAUUGGUCCUGAGCCUUAUCCUCUUGAAUUACAAAACCAAUUAGAGACUACGGAAACUGUUAAUAAAAUAACAACCGAGUUUUCACCAAAGAUUGUUGCUAUUAAUGAUGAUAAUAAUAGUAUUACAGUAAAUAGUAAUAUUAGUAGUGAUAAUAAUAAAACUGAAAGAAAUUUAUUACAAGAGAUUACUGCCGAUGCAGACAUUUGUAAGUGCGUUGAUUGUAAAUGUAAUGAAACAAAUAAUUGUCAGAAUUGCUCCUCAGAAGUGUCGAGUUUGGAUAAAAUAGAAGAUUCGAACUCUCCUGAGUUGAAUAUUGUCAAUGAAAUUGUUUCAUGUCUCCAGCGUCAGUGUAAAAAUAAUAAUGAUGUAAAUGACGACAAUGAUUCUUGUUGCGUUGUAAUUUGUUUAAAAACACUGAAAAAACUUCAACGGGUAUUUAAACAAAAUUGUUGUAGAGAAUUAGAACGGUCUGGGUGUUGUAAAAAACAAACUGAACGCUCUAAUUUAUCUUUUGCUGUAGGAAAAAGUCCAUUGGCUAAUAAUCAGUAG